AUGUUUUACGAUACCAGUGACACGGAAGAAAAAAGAGGUUUCGUCAGUGAAACCGAUAAGAAGGAAUGUCCUCAUGACGGUAAACCAAUUACUAUGAUCGAAAUGUCGCCAAACGGCAAAUAUAUUGUUACAUAUAGUGAAAUCGACGAUACUGUUGUCGGGUGGAAUGUUGACAAUAAAGAAGGCAGUCUUGAGCCAAUCAAAGCCGAUGAAAACGAUUCACACAUUAUACACAUUGAACACAAAGAGAGUAAGAUCGUUCACAUGUGUGUUUCCGAUAAAAAGAUACUAGCGUAUAGUAAUGUCGAAUAUGGUUCACGUGUUUCGACUUCUGAUCUGAAAUCAAAUGGUAUACAUGAUCAUUUGAGUAACUUUAACGCUAGAGAACAAUUUAUUUUGUUUGGCGUUGAUGGUGAUAUACAAGAACAUAAUAUUGUCUGGGUCUAUUCGACGCGAGGAAACAGAUGGAUGUGUCAAAAGAUUUAUACAGUACCUGCAAUAACAGAGAUAAUAAGCAUAUCAAAAUUUGAUAAAAUUUGGCUACGCUCAGAUGAUCAUAUCCAUGAAUGGAAUAUUAUGAAUAAGGAAACGAUGGUCAUCUCAAGAAUCUCACGCGGGAUUAAAACGAAAGAUAUUAGAAUUUCUGAUUAUAAAAAAUAUACCUGUCUAAAAAUAAAGAACAAUAUCAUUGUUUAUUCAAGUUUGAUGGGGAUUCCUAUUCCUAUCGCUUCGGCGGACUCAAAUGAUGAAUUACGACUGUUCAAGUUUAUGAAAAAUACUCCUGAGUUACAUUGUUUGCUGCUGACUUUAAUGGAUCAAAAUUCAAACAAUAAAAUUUUGGAUUAUAUCACAAAGUACUGUCGGAAUAUUUGCUUAGAUCAAUUUAAGAAGCAUAAUCGACCAUCCACAGAAUACGAGGCUGAAGAUUUACAAAACCUUCCUUGCUUAUUUUACAAUUGCCAGUCAAAAAACUAUAUGAUUUUAGUUGUAGGAGGAUAUGUUUGGAAGAUUCAAAUUGACAAGAUUGAUUUCGAUUUUUCGUUGGAGAUAAAGGCUGAUUAUGAUGAUCAAUUCACGGAAAGUUGGAUGACAUAUUUUGAUCGUGAUGAUAGUCGUGAAAAAUAUGAAAAUCCAUUUAUUCUAGAUAUGAACAUUGACAAAGAUAUACUGUUUCUACAAAUACCUAAAAGUUAUAAAGAUGAAGAUAUUAGAUUGGAUAUUUUCAUUCUUAAUGAAAUUAUUGGAUUGCGCGUUUUUAAUGUUAAAAAUGAGCAAAUUUGCGAGUUAUUCAAAAAAACUAAAUAUGAAAUAGAAGUAGAGAUAGAAGAAGUUAAGAUAUUUAAGACCAAAGAAAUUGUCAUAUCAACAAACUUUGGCGUUUUUAUUUUCCAUCUAAAUGAAAAGAACGAAUUAAUUUUGGAUUAUUUUCAAUACAUACACCAUCAACUGAGGCAACAAGUUAACCUUAAUUGGUUGAGUAAAUUUAUGUUCAUCUCCAAUAAAUAUCUUGAAGAUGAUAGAAAACUUCCUAUUGAUGGAUGGGUUGCAUACGUAAAGAAUGAUCGAGAAAAUUUUUUAAAACAUGGGACGGCAUUAUUGAUGUUUGCUAUUGAAGUUCAUGAUUUAAAAUUAAUUAAUGAUAUCUAUAAAAAAUGUUUAAAUUAUUUUAAACAAGAUUUAGAAAGGAAUAAGGCGUUUUUAACCAUCAUUAAUUCUUCGAUGCCAUUUCUGAAGAUAUGUUAUCCUGAAUAUCUUUUAAGCUAUCCUGAAGAAUACACUUGGUGGGAAUUAAUUCGACCUCAAACUAGUCCAUUUGGAGAUACGAUAACCGAAGAGAUUUAUAAAACUUGGGAUGGUGAAGCAUUAAUUAAUUUCAAGUGGAAUACAUACGGAAAAUAUUAUUAUGCGAUAAUUUGGUUCACGUUUAAUGCAUUUCUCAUUUGCUUCGUCAUUGCUACAACAAUAUCCGAAAUAUCUGAUAAAAUCAGAACUCAACUUUUAAUUGCUUCAACAUUUCUUGGAUUUAUUCACUUGACCGUUGAAAUUCGUCAAUUUAUUUAUAGUCCCAUUAAAUGGUUUCAGGAUUAUCGAAAUUUACUUGAUACGACAGCUUACGUUUUGCCACUAAGUGCCUCCUUUCUUUUGUUUCAGAUAGAUUACCAUAAUUAUAAUGAUUACCUUAGUUAUUCCACUUUAUUUGGAUUUGCGUGUCUAUUUUUGGAUUUAAAAUUCAUAUUCUUUUUCAGAGUGUUUGAGCAAUUUGGUGUUUACUUUACGAUCGUUAUAAAUCCAAGAGAACACGUUGAUUUAGAUAGACGUGUAAAAAGUAACGACACCAAUAAUCCCUGGAAUAUGGUUGAUGCUUAUUACCAAGUACUACCAGAUGGAUCGAUUAGUCAAGAGCCAUUCAUAGUUCAAAAGCCUGAUGAAAAUACAAACAUGUUUUCCCAUUUUAAAACCGCGCUACUUGCAAUGUACUUUUCUCUAACGGGCGAUGCAAGUGCCAUGAGCAAAUGGACAUACGUAGAAAAUCCGUUCUUUGUCGCGAUAAUGAGUGGGUUCUCAUUCUUGGUCGUUGUAUAUCUCAUGAAUUUGCUCAUCGAAAUUGAAAUGUUUUACAUGUUACCACAUCAAAGACGUUGGAAAUCUUGGUUCCCGGACACCAUUUAUUAUUACGCUAAUGUUGAUACAUCACGUAGAAAGGUUAAUGAGUUAAUUAAGAAUAAUGAAUGGAGACCCGAAGAAUUUCCAGAGAUGAAGAGAAACUUGUUAAAAAUCCUAGACGUUCAAGAUAAUUAG